AUGAAUCGUUUGGGGUUGGAGCAAAAGAGAUUCACCAAAUUAAGCAAUGAAUAUAUUAAGUCGUUUAAUGAAGAAGCAAAAACUGGUAUUUUUUCUAAUACUAUUCCAAAUAAAUAUAUCAAUACGUUGAAUGAAAUGCAGAAAAGUGCAACAAAUUUAUUCAAGUUGAUUACUAAUUUGUGGGAUGAAGGCAAAGAUUUUCAUGUUAGUAAUAGAGUAAAUAAUGGAGUAAAUCCGUUAAACUUAACAAUGCCAAUUGAGAAAGCAUCAGAAUUCGCUAGAAUGUUUGUUAGUGAUUGGAGAAAUAUUAACAACAUCGAUUUUGUUAGUUUGUCGUGA